ACUAAUAUCUCCGUGUUUAUUACUGAGGUAGGAGUGUCUGUGUUUUACAUGUGGGCAUUUCAGAAGAUCACGUGUUCAGAAUGCGUGGAUUGCGUAUGGUCAUAUGACCGAUCAAUGGCAAGAUGGCGGCGAAAAAGAAAGUGACGCGACACUGGAGUAGGGAGGAAACAUUGGCUUUAAUUUCUGUUUGGAGCGAACCUACGUUUCAGUUUCAGUUUCAGUUUGAAAAUUGUAUCCAUAACCACAAGGUGUGGGAGGCAGUUUUUAAAAAAGUUUGUGAGGUUUGUCCAUCUAUUCAAAAUACCUUCGACUGGGUGAAGUGUAAAGACCAUAUAGAAUAUCUGAAACGACGUUACCGCGAAUGUGUGAAGCAUAACAAGAAGACGGGGUCGGAUCCACAACGCUGCCCAUUCUUUGAGGAACUGGACUCUGUUCUUGCUUGUCGUCCUAUGACUAACCCCGGGAAUGGACAUAUGGAUGUGUCAAGUUCAGAGGAAGGUGAACAUUCUGGUACCAGUUCACACCACUCAUCUGGUAUAGCAGAGCCAUCAGGAGACCAAGCAGCUACAAUGACAGCAUCUGAUAAUGACAGUGGUCCAAGGUCAGAGCUGACCUCCAAUCCCAGCCAAAAUUCCAUCAUUACAAGGCGUAAACGCAAAGGCAAAAAAACUCAAAUCAUGGAAGCCAUGGAGAGAGGGAUAAACAUGUUAAUACAACAUGACAAAGAUACAACAGCAGCAGAGGUUGAACAGCAUCUUGACAAGGAGCAUAUGGCCUGGGAGAGACAGUUCCAGCAGGCCAGACUGGAUCUGGAAAGAGCACGUCUUGAAUUUGAGAUGAAGCGUCAGGAAGCUGAAGACAGGCGUGCUCAAGAUACCCAUCAAUUCAUGGUUCAAAUUCUGCAAGUGCUUAGACCUGCAAUGCCACAGUAUGGACCCUCAACUUCGUUUGCACAAUAUCAACAUCCAGCUCAGCACUAUUAUCCACCUGAUCCAUUUGCUUUUCCACCUGGUGAAGCCUCACACCAAAAUCUGUCAAUAUCAGUUGUCCAAGAUCAACGUUCACUGUCUGACCAAAGAAAUGACCACUAGAUGUUCUGGGCAUUGUUUUUUUGCAAACAUUAUUGUGCAGUUGCACUUGUUUGUACAAGUUUAAAGAACUGUUCGAGGAACAAAAAUGUUGUGAAAAUGUAGGAAUUUUUAUUUUUUUUGCACUAUAUUACAUUUACAUUUUUGCACUUUAAUGCCUAAUGGUGAAACUUGAAUGUUAAAAUCCAGUUUACGUUAAAAGUAAAGAGACAAAUGUUCAAUACAUGUCAUAAGUUUUAUUAGACAUAUAGAUUGUAACUUUUUUUGGUUCGUACAAACAGUUGUGUUGAUCUUACAGAAGAACCAGUUACAAAGGUGCUUGAAAUGAAAAAAAUAAAUAAAACUACCAAAAUAUUAAGCGAGUAUGUUUAAUCACAUUGCACACAUCAACAAUCACUGAUUUUCAGAA